AUGACUUCUUCAAAUUCUAUAGUAAUAGAUUGGUCUGCAUCUUCAUCAACACACUCGUUUAUUCGGAUAGAUGACCCUUCAUUUUCACAAGAUAUUUCUCUUUAUCCAACUACAAACAUUGACUCUCAAGUUUCUCCAAAUAAUAAUAAUGAUGGUUUUCCAAUAAAAGAUUUUUCUUCUAUAUCUCCCAUUUCUUCAACGACGACUCCACUUAAUGUCGAUAAUUCUUUUCUCAUUUCUUUCAAGAAAUUUCACGUGACCAGAAUCCACAAAACCGGUUAUAACAAGAUUUACAAAUUUAGACGUUCAAAAAGUUUCUUUUUUGAGAUUGUUGAUCACCAUUUGGACACCAAUCAACUUCAUUUACGGAUACACACAAAUGAUUAUCUCAUGUCAACUACCCCUAUUAAGUAUCAUUCCACAAGUGCACUACCGAACGCCAAAUAUCAAAUUAGCAAAGGUCUUCAGCAUUUUUUUUCCUCACAAAGAGUUAUUCCACGUCGUAUUCAACAUAAAUAUUUUGAUAUGAUACGUCAAAAAUUAUUAGAUAGAAUCACGUUUAUCAAGUCACGUAAGAAUAAAUUCAACAAUAAUAACGCAAUAAUGAAAACUUUUUUCAAUUUCUCGUACAAAAGAUAUAGAUUUCAUUUUGGUAUCUUUCUCCCUUGCAACCAUAUAAUUGAGGCAAAAGGCUUAUCUAUUCCACCUCGACCUUGUGAGGUUCCUUCUCCUAUAGUUAUGUCUAACAACAGACAUGGAUGUGGCUUACAUUUUUUCAAGAAAUACCCAAAUGGAAUAGUUCUUGUACGAGAUGAAAAUGGUGAUUUUACACCUAAGAAUCAACAUCAGAAUAAACAGCUCCAUGCUAAUUUGACAUUCGACCGAUGGAUAAAAAAAGAAUCGAAAUCGAUAUUCUCUUCAAGAACGGGCAUCUCUUAUAACUCAAGAUAUAUUGUCUGCAACUCAAAUCGUAAAUUCAGACCUGGACAUACUUACAUUUAUCAUAAACUUAUGAAUAACUUCCAAAUAACUCCAAGUCCAAAUCCGAGGACAGCUAGAAAUCAGAAAAUUAGAUUCAAACGUUCUUAUCGUCGUAUCUUAUCGCAAGAAGUUAUUAAACCAUGCGCCGUCUCCAGUACUUCAAAGACUGUUGAUAUCCCUAAACAAAAGGAUUAUAAUUUCACUAUUCCACAUUAUUUCGGUACUAAUACGAAUACGACCAACCGACUAAAGGCUUCAUAUAAUAUUUCCAUUACCACAGCUACGACUUCAGCUUCAGUACUUAACAAUGAAAUUUUAUAUACAGUUGCUCCUUAUAAUCCUAUUCCGGACAUGUUCAUUCCUGUCAAAUAUCAGGAUAUAAUACCGCCUGAUCCUAUUUAUGAUAAUUUAGGUUCUUUCAUUAUCCCUGGUUCUAGGGAGUGGUUUACUUAUAUGUAUCAAUUGGAUUUAGAGACCCGUGAUGAACGCCUUGGAAAAGCUGAUGAUGCUAAAUUUGCCGCUAGAAUGGAUGAACUUUAUGCCAAAUCUGUGGCUUCUAAACUUCGUUAUAAACACUAUUUAGAAGAACGUUCAAAGGAAAUUACCGCUCUUCAAAUACAAGAAGAGAUUAGAAUACAAGAUUUAGCCAUAUAUCACGGCACCAGUCCUAAACAUGUUAAAUAUUGGCAACGACAAGUGUCUGAUCUAACCGAAUGGAAUAACACUUAUCAUACAUAUAUGUCAACUCCUCAAUGUAUUAGACCAUCCGAAAAAAAGAAAAAAAAGAAAAGCAAAAAGAAGAAUCUUUUACAAUCGGAAAUGGAUUCUUUUCUUAUUAACUACCCUAACGCUUCGCUCCCUUUUACUUUAAAGUGUAAUACCAUGCGCUCAGUGUUUGAUUAUAAGGAUAAUAUACUCCCCACCAAGCCAUACACGUCCGACGACACCAAAGAACUUGAAAACCGUCCUUUAAAACGUGAUGAUCAUAAUUUUGAUAAUAACUCCAGGUCUUUUGGUAUUCCUAAAUGCUCCCGUCUAGAUACUCUUUUAGCUCUAGAUUCCAAGCAGGCAGGAUCGUCUAAAUAA